AUGCUUUCUGGGAAGCUCAAGUUCCUAAGAAAAUUCUACAGCUACAUUGACUCCUGCAAUGUGACAAAACGAGCCGUUCACCCCCUUUGGGGGCGUGUCUGCCUCGCCAGGCAACAGGUGCCAGGUGUCUCUGUGGUGCGACAGAUGAGUACCGGUGGCUACAGGAGGGCUGGGGCCCUGGCGGGUGCACCACUGGGUAAGGCCCCCAAGGAGUGUCCCCUCAAGACCCAGCAGCUGGUCCAGGACGUCUCCAGCCUCACGCUCCUGGAGAUCUCAGACCUCAACCAACUCCUGAAGGAAACGGUGAGGACUCAGGAUGUGGGACUCAUGCGGAUGGGUGGUGUAGAGCCUGCUGCUGUCCGGGAGGUGGCGGAAGAAGAUAUCCCCAAACAAAAGGAACGGACACACUUCACUGUGACAGAAGCAAAGCCCGUAGACACAGUCAGGUUGAUCAAGGAAAUCCAGAACUACGCCCAGGGCAUAACCCUCGUCCAGGCAAAGAAGCUGGUGGAGUCCCUACCCCAGGAAAUCAAAGCUACCGUCGCCAAAGCUGAGGCUGAGAUCAAGGUUGUUCAGGGGCCCCCUGAUCCCAUGAGGCCCCGCCCACCGCUGCCCCCGCCCACCGCGGGCCCCGCCCACAGGGCCCCGCCCACCGCGGGGCCCCCGCCCACACGGGCCCCCGCCCCACCCACUCCACCUCCUGCACCAGGGAAGUGGGAGUGA